UGUGAACAUUAACUGUCUAAAUUUAACCUCUAAUAUACAUAAAUAUUUACUUACUUUAUAAGUACUUAAAGUCAAAAUAUUUAUUUUAACAUUCCCACCGAUAAAAAUGAUUAAUUUUUAUUAAAUUAAAUUGGUCUCAGUUUAUUUUAUCAUAAAUUUCUACACGAGUUCAUAAUGCAAUCGCAUUGCUUACAAAACCAACCAAUGAUGUCUCAAGACAAUAAUUAUCAGCCAUGUGUGGGUAUUCCGAAUGUAAGUACAAUUCCCAAUGGCAUUUUUGGGUCGCAGGUUAUGAUGAACCAGCAUCAGCAAUGCUUACAAAUAUCAAUUGUCGGUGAUAACCUUCCAAUGGCUAAUUCAGAUGCUGGGCAACAUCAGCUAGCUAAUCAGUUCACCAGUACUCAAGCAAAUAUUGAAAACAUAAUUGUCAAUAAUAAUUCAACUGUGCAAGUGAAUGCUUCUAACCUUAUUGCUGAUAACAAUAAUAAUGACAACAACAACAAUAAUAAUAAUAAUAAACCAAUCGAAUUGACAUUUACCGUCAAUCAGUUGACGAGCCCACAACUUGGACAAUUGAACAUACCGAUGAACAGUGUUCAAAAGAUUCGUCCAGAAUUACAGAGGAAAAUAUCCGAGAAAACUCAAGAUUGCUAUCAAUUGAGCGGCACUCAAAGUCCUGGUCCUGGAUUACAGAAUAACAUAUACAUAAUAACUCAACAUGGCUAUCAGUUGCUAAAAAUCAGUGUUCCAGAAGCCGGUACUCAAACAGUUUCUCAAACUGCUCAAGCAGGAUCAAGUGCAACCAAGACAAUCGCUUCAACUACACCAACUUCAGUAGUUUAUAGUAUAGCAUCACCCGUUUCGGCAGCAAUCGCUAAUCCAGCAGUACUCAGUUUGAAUAAAACUAGAGUACUUCCAAUAAGUUCAAUUGAAACUCCAGAGAUGUCAGCAACACUUGAGUCCGAUCAACAGAAAGCAAUGAUGAAAAAAAUGGUUAAGAAAUCCUGUGAUUUUUUUAACAACUUGUUAGCUGACUCAAGCAAGAUUCAACAAGACAAUACCAGAAAUGUUAAAAGUAAUUUAACGGAAUUAAUCCAAGACGUUAUUGAUGAUAUAAUAGAAGUCCAGGAAUUUGUUGAUAGGCUUGAGAGGAUGUUGAAUUCUGACCGGCAGCCACUGCUUGUUGAUUUUCUGACUAAAAGCCUGCCGCGAUUGAGAGCGUCUCUGUAUCUCAAUCAGAUGACUAUCAAUGGCAUCAGACCUCCACCAUCGGAAAUUGCUCUUUCUACUUUUUUAUUGGCACCAACAAGUGCCACACAGCGGAGGUUAAUUAAACGAAAGAAGAAGAUGGAAUCUAAAAGCUCUCCAGUAACCAUGACAAAUCCUCGACCGAGGGCAAUACUGCCCUCAGGACUUAUAAUGAUACCUCAAAAAACUUUGGCGAAGUCUCCAGCGACUGUGGCGACGUCUUCAGGACGUGGAAUGAUGUAUCCAAUAACUGCUGCAACUCCUCAAACAACUUUGGUGAUGCCUCCACAGACUGUGGCAAAGCCUCAAACAACUUUGGUGAUGCCUCCACAGACUGUGACAAAGCCUCAAACAACUUUGGCGAUGCCUCAAACAACUUUGGCAAUGCCUCCAGCAACUGUGGUGAAGCCGCAAACAACUUUGGUGAUGCCUCAAACAACUUUGGUGAUGCCUCCACAGACUGUGGCAAAGCCUCAAACAACUUUGGCGAUGCCUUCAGCAACUGUGGUGAAGCCGCAAACAACUUUGGUGAUGCCUCCACAGACUGUGGCAAAGCCUCAAACAACUUUGGUGAUGCCUCAAACAACUUUGGUGAUGCCUCCAGCGACUGUGGCAAAGCCUCAAACAACUUUGGCGAUGCCUCAAACAACUUUGGUGAUGCCUCCAGCGACUGCUGCAACGCCUCCAACAACUUUGGUGAUGCCUCCAGAGACUGUGGCAAAGCCUCAAACAACUUUGGCGAUGCCUCAAACAACUUUGGUGAUGCCUCCAGCGACUGUGGCAAAGCCUCAAACAACUUUGGUGAUGCCUCCAGAGACUGUGACAAAGCCUCAAACAACUUUGGCGAUGCCUUCAGCAACUGUGGCGAAGCCUCAAACAACUUUGGCAAUGCCUCCAGCAACUGUGGUGAAGCCGCAAACAACUUUAGUGAUGCCUCCAGAGACUGUGGCAAAGCCUCAAACAACUUUGGCGAUGCCUCAAACAACUUUGGUGAUGCCUCCAGCGACUGUGGCAAAGCCUCAAACAACUUUGGUGAUGCCUCCAGAGACUGUGACAAAGCCUCAAACAACUUUGGCAAUGCCUCCAGCAACUGUGGUGAAGCCGCAAACAACUUUGGUGAUGCCUCAAACAACUUUGGUGAUGCCUGCAGAGACUGUGGCAAAGCCUCAAACAACUUUGGCGAUGCCUCAAACAACUUUGGUGAUGCCUCCAGCGACUGUGGCAAAGCCUCAAACAACUUUGGUGAUGCCUCCAGAGACUGUGACAAAGCCUCAAACAACUUUGGCAAUGCCUCCAGCAACUGUGGUGAAGCCGCAAACAACUUUGGUGAUGCCUCAAACAACUUUGGCAAUGCCUCCAGCAACUGUAGCGAUGCCUCCAACGACUAUGGCGAAGCCUCAAACAACUGUGGCGAUGUCUUUGGCAAGUAUUAUGAUAUCUCCUACAACGGUAUCAAUGGCUCCAGCGACUACUCAAAUUAAAACUUAUCAAACUUCAUCUGAACGUAUACGACCUACAAAAAAAUUAGUUCGCACUGAUGAUAAUUUAAAACCUACUCCAGUAGAUGGUAAAAAAAUUAAUAAGAAAAUUGGUUGCCAAUCACCACUGACGACCAUUUCAAAUAUCCAGCAGUUACCAACUAUUUCUAGUCCAAUGAUCCAGCAAUCAUCAACACCUACUUUUGCAAAUGUUAAUAAAGUUUCAGAAGAUAACAAAAAAAUAAAUACUGCAAUUGGUGCGAAAAAAAAACAUGUUGUUUCAUCAAUUGAAACAAAUGAAGAAGAACUCAAUGAUGUCAUGACAAUGGGAGGGAUUGAUAUUGCUGAAGAAUCUAAAGCGAUUCUCAGUUCAACAGAUAAAAUUGGCACGGAAGUACGAUCAUGUGAAGAAAAAUUAUUUCUAAAUGCGACAGCUUUGCAACAUAAAAUUAAACAUAUGUUACUGAAGCAUGGACUCGAAGGAGCUGAGUCAGAUGCUCUUGCUCUAGUAUCACAUGCGACUGAACAGAGACUCAGGGGUCUAGUUGAAAAAAUGUCUACCAUUAGCGAACAUCGGCUGGAUUUUAACAGAAAUGAUCCGCGGUACCAAGUGACCCAGGAUGUUAGAUCUCAGCUGCGAUUCCUCCAAGAAGUGGACAAAGCGGCGUGUCAGAAACGAGAAGCCGAAGAGCUUGCACUGCUUUUGCAGGCGAGUAAGAGCAGAUUAAAGGAUGACGAGCAGAUGAAGUUGAAGGAGAAGGCUAAAGAGGUACAAAAAGCUGAGAUGGAAAAAUUACAAAAACGCGACGCUGAUUUUGCAGCAUUGCAAGCGUUGGGUCCAAGAAAGAAGCCGAAACUUGAUGUAGGCAUGACUAGUUCUGCAGCUUCUGGGUUAUCCAGACAACUUUUCAGGCCUAGGAUUAAGAAAAUUUGUAUGAAAGAUUUACUGUUUGUUCUUCAAGAAGAACAAUCAACACGCAGAAGUACGUUUCUUUAUAAAUCAUAUUUGAAGUUUUAAUGAAACGGCAGUUCAAUUUUUUUUAAUUUUUAUAUGUAUAUAUUUUUGAAAUUCAAUUUGGUGGUAAUUUAAUUAUUUUACACUCGCAUUUUUUUACUAAUUUAUUUUUAAUUAAUUAAAUAGAUUUAGAAAAAAACUGUAUUUAUAGAAUUUAAAAAUUCAAAUUUCCCGCUCGAUUUUUUCUCAUAUUUAUAUGGCCGAAAUUUAAAAAAAUUUUUAAAUAAUAAAUUGUAAUUUUUUGCUUGUAAAUAUUAACAAAAUUUUUUAUGGACAAAAUUUUGAUAAGUAAAUUUAAAGUAAAAUAUUAAAUAGAGGCCUUGCAUAUAUUAAUAAUAAAUAGUUUGUAAAAAAGUUAGUUUUUUUAGAUGUAAGUAAUGAUGUAUCUUAAAAAAUUUUUUUCCAUGGGACGAAGUCCCAAUUGGAGCAUAAAUGUACGUACACAAAUUUGUACAUAAAUUUUUUAUUUGUUUUUUAAAUUGCUUUUGUUUAUAAAUAGAAAUUUAAAAAUAAUUAAUAAAUCUAAUAAUUAAUUGUGAG